AUGUCCAAUCACGACUACGGCCCUUGCGCUAUCUCACACGUCUCGAUCCCACACGGCCUUGCAUGCGAUCUCUUCGCUCCGCUGGAUCGCAAGUGUGCAGAUGUUAUAGUGAUGUGUAGUGGAUGGCGCUACGUACCACUUCGGCUACAUGCAGAAGACGUGACAUCAAUUAAUCCAGGGGCAGACAGUGAAGAGUCUCCCACAGCGAGGAAACUCGAGCUACUGCGACGUGAAGAUCAUAUCGUGAUGGGCCUUAUUUUGUCUCUCGUCCCCAAAACUUUCCGCAGUCUUGGCCCUCCCGGAGCAACUGCUAGCGAGUGGGUCGUGACAAUUUCUGGAACGCGCGAGACAAUAGCGCUUGCAACCUCACUUCCCUUGAAGUCGAUUGAUCACCUCUCGCACAGCUCAAACACCGUCACCGCCUGUCACUAUUCGAACGACGCCCGCUCCGCCACCGGUCGCUACUACAACCAAUGUUCCUCCACCGAUGACCCCUACGGCAUCCACGGCUACGCAUUCAUCCAGUCUCAGCGCCCCGCCACUAUUGAUACGCUUUCUGUGUCUGAGGGAUCAUCCUAUACCUCGACCGUUGCGCACGGUGCAUCUCUCGGCGGUGCAGAACACGGAUCAUCUCCUCCUACCGUCAUUACCUCCACCUAUACUGAGACCACUGUGUUUUCCGGAACUUUGACGUCAACCGGCCUGUCAGGCACGUACACACACUCUUACAUAGAAACCUCUACUUCAAUUAUUACUACCAUGUAUACGUCUACCCCGGCUGGAGGUGCGGGACCAUCUUCUAACGGUACUAGUCCGACCUCAGCCGCGAAUGCAAACCGAACGAGAACCCCUCAGAUUCUUGGUGCCGUUUUCGGUGUUCUGGGUAGCUUGUUUCUGCUGCUUGUCGCCCUGGCCUGUUGGCGACGUUCUCGCCGCCGCGGCCAGAGCCAGCGCAGGUACGACGAGUGGAUUAGGCGCAAGACAUCACAGAGGUCCACCUCUGGCGAGCUCUCCACGGUUAUACUGGGGGUUGGUCUGUCCAGAGCAAGCAUGGAUAGUUUCCAUACCGCCGAGGCGUACAUGAGCGAAACUAGUCACGGGAGCACAUACCGCUACGGCGCGGUUGCGCGGUCGAUGUCGGUCUCUCCCCCGCUGGUCAUCACGCCUUCCCCGGAGCCCGACGCACAAUCUGUGACAACACAGCACGAUCAGUGCCCGGUCUCUGCGUCUGUAUCCCGUGAGCAGUCGCUGUCGAGCGCGCCGGAGAUGUCGCCGACUACGCAUGCCCCGAUGCUGGACCCUUUCGACGCGCCGUUUCUCUGGGCUACGAACACUAUUUCUGCGCAGCCGAAACGGUUGUCUCGUGUGUCUUCCGAGUCUGCCCAGUUUCUGGAGCGGCUCUCCACCGCGUGCAUGGUCGGCGAGCCGUACCCAAUGCCCCCGGCACCUAGUAUCGUGGGAAGAACUCCCUCAGGCAUCCGCGCGGCGCGGGGUCCGGCAGAGGCCCACGGCGAUUGCUGGCGAGGGUGGCGCAACUGGCGAAUGCUUCACGUUCGGAGGCCUGACCUUUCCAAGUUGCGCCAGCAAUUGCCAUUCACUGUCGCCGCGCCAGGGCGCGGCGCUUGGGCGUAG